CACUGCAUUUAAGUCCGAAAUGUAGAAUCCCAAGUCUCUCUGAAUGAUAUUUCCUCAAUUGACCACCCCACCUCUAUUUCCUUUCUCUCAAUAUUCAAAGUUUGUGAACAAAUAGAACAUUCAGUGCAGAAUGACACUAUCAAGUUAAUACUGAUAAUAAACCUGUUCUAGCACAUGUAUGGACAUGGGGAAUUAGAGGCACCUAAAGCUGCCAACACCAUUGUUUACAAUUCACACAAAGUUUUACAUUAAGGUUUGCGGGUCAAAUGCAGAAAACGGAAGUGCCAAUUCCAAGUGAUAAUAUAAUUAAGCAUAGGUGAAAAGUACUCAAAUAAAGAAAAUGAAGUUUACAUGCAACCCUUAACGUUUACAGACUACACCUGCCCUUCAAAUAGGAUUCGCUUGCUACCUUAUUCAUAACUUCGUGGGAGAGUUCAAAAGACUCCGACGGGUACGAAACGUUUACACAUUGAUUUUGUUUACAAGAUAAUACUGCCUCUCAUAAAGAAAGACAACCCACGCUUGCCAUUUUAGUGAGGUCUGCACAGUAGAGACCACAAACAUUAUCAUUACUCUUACCAUUCCAUUAAAUAACACUUUAUUGACUGAUGUUUACAAUAUAUACAUUUUCCAGCAUCCUCCUCAUCUAUUUUGUUUUUGUGUGCUAAGUUAAAGUUGUCGAGACAAACUUCAAAUGGUCCUUUCACAAGUAUAGCCAUAAUAUAGGCCAGUACAUGCUAAGGUCUAGAACGUAGAAAUAUAGGACUAUAUAAAACCUCAACGUUUACAUAAGCUGCUUACGAACGAGAAUAGAUUUGUAUUGAUAUAGCUUGAGAGAGAUGUUUACAUAAAUACAUACAAGUUACACGCCACACGCUUUGCUUGAACAAGCAAAAACAAAAAUCACUUUUAAACAACGUAAAAACACCCACCCUAGUGUGUGGUUCUGUACACGGAAGCACUAACAAAGGAUUAGUUCAUCGUAUUCCAAUUGAAACCUUGAGUAGAAACUUUUUAUAUUUUUUAGACUUACACGCCAGUGAAAUUCACAGAUGACACUUUCCCUCUUGGAAGACGACCUCGAUAUUUGAACACCCGGCGGCGGGCCUUUAAAAAAUACAACUUUGGGUUAGAAACGCUGAAAAUGAGGCCAAGAACCUACAGAAGGAUGUUCAGCAACUCCCUCAUAUUUUCCCUUGUGUCCGGCCUCGUCCUUUCCGCCGUCGCCAUCACCACAGAGCGCCGCUCAUCCAACGGCGGCCCCAGCGGCACCACCCUGUUCCUCCUCACCGGCUUUGGGAACAAACCAAUGCCGCCGCCCCCAGGGGGGGCGAAGGUGGCGCCUAAAGCGGCUGAGAUGGAGGACGCUCACGACGGCGAGCCGAAAGAACCCGAAACGCUCCCCAAGCCCCUCCCCCAGAUCAAGCUCCCUCAGAACAUGACGGCAGCGGACGCCCUCAAGCCCCCUCUGGGUGCUGCCCAGGUGGCUCCACCCCCCCGGCGCCUGGUGGAUGUGGACGUGUGUCGGGCCUACUACGACGUCAUGGGCCAGUUAGACAGCACUUUCAACUGCUCCAAGGGCACCUACAUCUACUGCUGCGGCACCUGCCACUACCGCUACUGUUGUGAUCACCAGCGUAGCCGCUUGGACCAGGAGUCGUGCAACAACUACAACUCGCCCGGUUGGCUCGACACACCGCAGACGAACCCCCCGCUGUCGGGGAACCGGGGUGACCCAGACUCGGAGCAGCUGCAGCAGCAGAGCAACAGCACGGCGUACGUGAUCGGAGGGGUGAUCUCCGUCACCCUGGUGGUGGCCGUGGGCAUCAAGGUGGCCUUCCACAAGAUGUCCCGACGACCCCGGAACAGAGACCUCAACAUGCCCAGAGCCCUGGUGGACAUCCUACGCAGCCAGGCCAGCCCAGUCCAACAGGGAGAGAGGAACGACAGCAGUGUCCUGACUAACGCCACCGUAGGAGAUGGCCUCGGUCGUCCCCCCAAGAGCCUCUACACCCCGGUGCUCCAGAGCAAAGACAACCGCAAGCGCGUGCCCCGCAUGAACAACGCCCAGCUGGCCUCCACGGGGACCCUCCUCACCGGCAAGCACAGCAGCUCCGGCCUGCACCCGCAACCCCCUUUCUCACACUCCUUCCAUAACCUGGCCCAGCUUCCCCCCUCCUACGAGGCGGCCAUGAAACCUGAGAUCAGCCGCUACAGCUCCCUGAAGAGGCUCGAGAAAGAUUUGGAGGACUACUCUGGCUACUACUCAUCGAAGCGACGACCUAACAACGCCCCUCUGUCGUUCCACUCCUCCCAGCACCACCUCCACUGGGGCGGUGACUACACUCUCGGAGCCAGGGGUACCCUCCCCCUCCACUCCUCCCGGACACAUAUCCACGUGCCCACAUCCACCCCCAACCCCUACCCUCUGCCAGCCCAGUCGUCGGGGUACCAGGCUGCCUUCGACAAGGCCCCGCGGAGGGUCAUGUCCCAGGACCAGCUCCUAGCGCUUGGCGAGGGCAACACCCUCUCCAGACUCUCCAAGAACCAGCAGCACCAGUACUACAAGGCCAUGACCACCAGCAAGAGCUCCACCUCACAGACGCUUCGCAAGUCCCACGAGAGACUCCUAGUCUCGCCCGACCGUCUGGAGGAGAGGAUGGUGGGCAUGGGCAUGGCAGGGGUAGGCGGUAUGGUGGGUAUGAGCGGGAUGGGGGAAUUUGGGGGGAUGGGGGUCCCGACAAUGGGAUGCCUCAGCCACAAGGCCCAAUCACAGCAGAACAUCUGCGUCACACCCUCGCUAGACCGCCAUCACAUGAUCAAGAUGAACUCCCACCCCACAUCGGGCCACGAGCUGGAGAUGAGUGUGGCGGGCCACCCGGUAGGAAGCUGGGGGGACCCUCAUGGGCACGGACCAGGGGCCGGGGUAGGGCAAGGGAGCGGGGCGGGGACCAUCGGGGGCCACAACGUGCGGAGGAUAGCAUUCGCCGCCAAGAGGCAGAACACCAUCGAACAGCUCCAAUAUAUCCCCGGUGGCGGAGGAGGGGGCCAGACAUUGAGGACGGCUAGUAAGAACGAGGUGACCGUGUGAGAGAGUAAAGCCAACAGUGAAGGAGAGAUGAAGGUCGUGUUGAGAAUGUUCAAGCUGAACGUGUUCACGCAGAAAGGAAAGGGAGAGGAAGAGAAGGUCAAUUGGGGCAUGAUGGAAAGAUAGAUGAAUAGAAGAAGAAACAAGAGAGGCAAUGGCAAGCUGAUGAGAGAGAGAGAGAGAGAGAGAAGGAUAUGACGGGGAUACUACGUCCCAACAAGAAUGAAAGAUGUGAGAGAAGAGUGGAUGCCAUUGUUACCUGUUGCCAGGAAACACAGAAAAGGGCAAUGAUAGAAAGAAACCUUUGAGAAAAUUGAAUUAUUAGAGGGAAUUUUGAAUGAAGCCCAUUGAUUUGAUUCAUGUUAUUGUGAGUUUUGGGAAAGAGAAUAUUCAACCAUAUUGUUGAGGAGGGAGAAAGAAAAAGGGCCAUGUAUAGAGCAAAAAAGGAACAAUUUCACAAAGUUUUUCGUGCUAUUGAAACAUUAUCCGAGCACAUGAUGACUUUUACUAGUGGAUUAAAUGGUUAUUGGGUUUCUUGUUGCUCUGACAGAGAGAAUGAAACUGUCUUUGAAUCUGAACAGACACUGAGAUGGAAUGCAGAACAAUGUGAUGGUGGUUUAACUUUUGUAAAAAAAAUAAUAAUAAUACAAGACUGUAAAUGGUUGUUUUUCAUAAAGGAAUAAAGCCCUGUUAGACAG